AUUCGUAAAAAACGUAAAUUUUAUCAAUCAUGUACACAGAUGAUAAUUCUGAUAAAGAGAGUGAGUUUGAAGACAGAAGCCCAGAAGACAGUCCAAAUAUUACAAAAAAAUCUUUAUCCACUGUUGGAUUUAGGAAUAAUCCGGAAAACCAAAAUGCGAGGCCACUCGCGCUGCGUGCGACGCAGUCCUUCACCGGGGCUGUCGAGGAGCUUCGGUUAUGUGGUAACUUCCAAAGAAUCAAUCUUUGCAACAGGAUGAAUGUCAUGUCGGCACCCAAGAUAGCAACGGUAUGUCCAUGUGGAUGCCUCUUGAGACCGGCGACGACGGGCCCUUUCAGGACGAGAGAACAGAACACACUGGCGCUGCAUGUCGUCUCCCCGGAGGUGCUGAGCUACCACGGCUAUUGUUUCGAGCCUUGCCAAAUUGCUAUGUUUUGGAAAAAGGACUGCAGAAUGUUCCUCUGGAAGGGAAAGGCCAAGAUGAAAAACGUAAUUCACGCAGAUUCGUACAGAAAAUGA